ACCACCAAAAAAAGCAGUUGGAAUAUUUUCAUGUAUAAAAAUAGCUAGCUUUUAACGGCUCCACUCUCCUCCAUUGUCUUCUUCAUCACCAAUCUAUUCCAUCUAAUCCAGUCUGAGCAAAAUUCAAGCAGAAAUGGCGAAAUGCGAGAGAAGGGUUUUGAUGCUGUGCGGGGAUUACAUGGAGGAUUACGAAGCUAUGGUCCCUUUACAAGCUUUAGAGGCUUACGGAAUCGCCGUUGACGCCGCCAGCCCCGGUAGGAAAGCCGGCGAUGUUUGUCGCACUGCCAUCCAUGGCUCUUGUGGCCACCAGACAUUUUAUGAAAUAACAGGUCACAAUUUCACACUGAAUGCAACUUUUGAUGAGGUUGAAUUUAGCAAGUACGAUGGAUUAGUGUUACCAGGAGGACGAGCUCCAGAACAUCUUGCCAUGAAUCCAUCAGUUAUAGACUUGGUGACCAAAUUCUCUGACUCCAAAAGACCAAUUGCCUCUGUUUGCCAUGCACCGCUGAUCUUAGCAGCUGCUGGCUUGGCUAAAGGUCUGAAGUGCACCGGUUAUCGUACAGUGGGGCCUGUUCUUGUUGCUGCAGGUGCUCAUUGGGUGGAGUCCAAGAAGGCAUGUAUCACUGAUGGCCAUCAUAUCACUGCGGUCACAUUUGAAAGCCAUCCAGAGUUCAUUAGAGGUUUUGUCCAGGCUCUAGGAGGCAACAUUACUGGUUCAGAUAAUAAAAGGAUUUUAUUUCUCUGUGGGGAUUACAUGGAAACUUACGAGAUUAAAGUUCCUUUACAGUCUCUUGAAGCUCUAGGGUGCCAUGUUGAUGCAGUUUGCCCCAACAAGAAGGCUGGUGAUAUUUGUCCAACCGCUGUGCAUGAGUUUGAAGGUGAUCAAACAUACAGUGAAAAGAAAGGCUAUAAUUUCACAUUGACUGCUAACUUUGAAGGUUUGGAGUUAUCAAGUUAUGAUGCUCUUGUCAUCCCUGGAGGACGAGCUCCGGCGUGUCUACGACUGGAUAAGACAGUCAUUGCCAUGGCGAAGCACUUUAUGGAAGCCAACAAGCCUGUUGCAUCCAUCGGCCUUGGCCAGCAAAUUUUAGCUGCUGCUGGUGUCCUCAAGGGGAGGAAAUGGACUGCAUACCCAGCUGUGAAACUUGACGUGGUUUUAGGAGGAGCAACUUGGUUGGAACCUGAUCCAAUCCAUCGUUGCUUCACAGAUGGAAAUUUGGUGACUGUAGCAGCUUGGCCAGGGCACCCUGAGCUUGUUGCUCAGUUGAUGGAAUUGCUUGGCAUUCAAGUAACAUUUUAAUUCCCAAUUGCCGUCUAUGAAGAGUAAUAAUUUAUUGAGGUUAUUGUCUGUGUAUGAAUAAAUAAGACACUGACCUUAAUUAAGAACAAGAAUAAAGGAUACUCUAACUUUGUUUUUGUGUGUCAAACAAUA